AUGGCCUCUCCCAAGGAGCUGACCGUUCAUCACUGUGGAAUCGCGCACAUCGUCCAAGUCCCCGCCUCAGCAACGCUACAAGACCUCUCCUCGGAAUUAGAGCGCGUCCUCAACAUACCCAUCGAUAACCAGAAGCUUCUCAUAGCCCCAAAGCCAGGGAUGCAGAAAGCACCUUUUCCACCAACUUUACUUGACGCAAUUCUCCAAACCUCCUCCCCAAAGUUCAAGAUCACCCUCCUCGGCACCCCGGCCAAAGCAAUCGCCGACCUCCACGAACAAUCCGCUAACGAACAGCGACGACAAGAAUCACGAGCUGCCGCCCUAAGCGCCGCCAGACGCAACAAACAAACACCGUCUUCCAGUCGUAGUGGCGGCAUCCACACCAUCUCAUCCUCAUCCAACAACUACACCUUCCACCGUCUCCUCCCACUAUCAUACCUUCCCAACCCAGACCGAUCCCUCGACUUCCUCAAACGUCUCCGCGAUGAUCCAGGUAUCUGUGCCGCAAUGAUAAAACACAAAUUCUCCGUACCUCUCUUGACAGAGAUGAAUCCGGCGGAACACACGACGAGCGAGUCGCGGACACUAGGUCUGAACCGGAACAAAGGCGAGGUGAUUGAGUUGCGUCUGCGAACGGAUGCCUAUGACGGAUACCGGGAUUACCGUACUAUUCGGAAGACGCUGUGUCAUGAGCUUGCGCAUUGCGUGUUUGGGCCGCACGACCGUGACUUCUGGAAUUUGACGUCGCAGAUCGAGAAAGAGGUUGAGCGUGCUGAUUGGAAGUCUGGUGGGAAUCAGUUAUCUAAUCAAGAGUUCUACAAUCCUGGUGAUUGGGAUAACGUCCAGGGGGGAGAGCAGUUUGAUGAGUGUGGGUGGACUGGUGGGGAGUUCGUCCUUGGUGGAUUGCAGGGUGACUCAAAUGGAGGCCGGAGUGGGAAUGUUGCUUCGAGCGGGACGCUGUCUCGUAGAGAAAUUAUGGCGCGGGCUGCGGAGGAGAGGAUGAAAAGGGAAAGUCGGGCUAGGAAGCAGAAUGAUGCCAAGUGA